GGAUUAUAUAGAUAUUAGGUGAUACUAUUAAUAAUCUCAGAUAUUUUGGUGAUUUUUCUUCUUUUUGCAAUGUUUGUUAUCUAUAACAUUUGAGCAAAAUGAAACCUUUAUCGCUCAUAGUCGCAGUAUCUUUCGUCAGUCAUUCAAUCAACGUUUAUUCGAACGCAUGUACCUUUAUGUGCUUUUCCAAAAAUCAAUAGAAACAUGCUUUACAAAGCGUUUUUAAUACUCGUUUCGUUUACGACUAUUGCGCGAGCAAGUGAAGUUUGCCUUUGUUGCGAUGAUCAAAUUAUCAAGCAAAAUCUCACGGAGUGUGCAGAUAUCGCUAGGCCAGCGACUGAUGAGGAACAGAGGUUCCUGUUGGACUAUUGUCUCACAAGAUCUUUGGCCUCUUACAACAACUUUUUGGACUACAAAAUAGCCUUUUUCCUGGAUCCUGAUACAAAUACUGUGUCUUCUUUCCAGUUUCCUAAAGAAGAACAUUGUCAUACAAUGUUUAAUAGUCUCGAUGGACUACUGUACGUAGUCCCCGAAAGUGAUUCUAAGUUAUUUAAAGUACUGAGGAAAACUAGAGACUGUUAUGCAUCCAUUCUCAUUGAAGAGGAAGAGAUACAAGAAAAUAAAUAUCAUGGAAUGAUAUGUUAUUCUGAUAAAGCAUCAGAAAAGGGUGCCCCCUUUAAGUCUUCCUAUUGUUGUUAUAUACCCAAUAAAAAUAAUGUAAAUAUUACAAGAAUGGUGUACAUCGUGCGACGUCCAACUUCUUACAAAAUAACAAAAAUAGAAGAUUUGGGUGAUACAGUAGAAGGACUGAUUUCUCAUAGAAAGGAUGAUAGAGUAACAUUUGGGAAAUUUUCAAUGUGUAACCCUUCGGAAGAAAAUAUGGACUUUGAAGAAGUAACUUUUAAUCAUACUAUUCAUACUUUUAUGGACUUCAAGAAUUAUACAUUCUUCCCUCGAACUUACUUUAAAUUGGGAUACUAUGACUUUUCAUGGAAUAAAGCUCCAAUCACUAUUGAGCUCCAGGAUCCUAAUAACAGAACUCGUCUGUUGAAGUUGGACACAAGCUUUGAUUCAAUCUACCUUGAAACUACCAUUACGUACAAAAUCAACGGAGGUUACAACAUCCCGCCUAAUUCUUGCAUGACAGCGGAAAUUCAUGGAACCAAAAAGAAUAUCGAUACUAAAUUCAAAGCAACAAUUGAAGUUAAGUUUGGGGGCCAGCAUAAUCUUUCAGACCGCAGUUAUAUUGAAAAAUUCGGAGAGAGAAGCGAAUUCAUCAUUGAGGAUUUGACUUUGAAAAAUGUGAAACUAUCAGGUUGCAAAGGAAUUAUCAUCAUCAUACCAUACGAUAUUGUGUUCCUAACUUCAGGGUGUAUUAUUGGAAUGAUCUUCUUUGCCUUACUACUUCUAAUUGUUAUUAAAAUUAUGAACUGUGUAGAGAAGAAAAAGAGGUGUGAUUAUGAAAGAAUCACAACUAAUUUACAGGAAGAGAGACCUUUAGCUGACUCUUGGAAAUCUUGGGCUGAAACAAUUGAAGAAAGAGCAGAAAUUCUUGGUGACAAAAUAGUUAGACUAGGAUCCUUUAUUUCUGACGUUACAUCAUGGAUCAUUGAAGAGAUCGAGUCAAAGAAUUAACUGUCUGAAAAGUUUUAAAUUGUCUUUCAUUUAUGAUUAAAUGAAAUGGUAAAAUCAAAAUUUUUUUGAUUUAAAUGUAUAUUUUCAUCAUUAAACAAAUUUUAUAUUAUUUCAAAAA